CGCUUAGUCUGUCGAAUGACGAAAAUACCCUCAGUAUAUAAACAAACGAAGUCACAGUCUCCUUCGGCGAUACUCUCGGGAGAGAAGGACGACGGAGAGUGGAGGGCGGAGGAAAGAGAGAGAGAGAGAGAGAUGAUACCGCAGCAAUGGACACCGCCGUGUGGGAGUCAAUGCACGCAUAAGUAUGCAGCUCUUACGCAGAUUCCAUGGAGAGUGUUCUGCAAAAAGGGAUGUGAUGCCGAUAGUGACUCAUGGGAAGAUUGUGUAUCAGAUUGCAGUGAGAUAUGCUACAAAGACCCUGUGCUAAAAGACCGACAAUGGAGUGCUUAUAUAGAUCGUUCUCCUGGAGCUGCCAGCUACUCUGAGGAAUGCUUUCACGCGUGUGUCGCAGGCUGUGGUUACAAGUUUGAAGUUGAGUCGGAGGAAGUCGAUAAGGUGAAACCAAAGAGACCACCGCCACCACCACCAAAGCCACAGCCACCACCGCGAGCUAAAAGACCAAUGCAACCACCUAGUGAGGAUGUUCCUGGAACGUCUGCUUGACAUCAUUGUGAACUCAACUAACUUCUUCAAACUCCUCAUUUUUUUUUGGUAACCUUACAUGAGAAGGAGUAUUGAUAUUCAGAGUAGCAAACCUCGUAGCAGUUGUUUCAUAUUCAUGAGAAGGAGAGUGUAUUAGUGGAACUAGUCCCAUGGAUGAACCUUGGGAUCUUUUUAGUCCAUAAGGCAAAUCAACGAACAGAUAUUUGAUA